AGUAACAAGUAAUGAUAAUGUUAAGCCAAAACUCAAACUCGAUUAAAUUAUGCCUGAGUUCUAAAUUAAUAGGAAUCAAGCAACGAAUUUUCUACAAUUAUAACUAUAUUUUAUUCAAUUAAAAAAUUAUCAUAAUUAGACUAUUUUACCCAAAAAUUCAAGACUCGCGUCAAAUAGUGCAUUUGGAGAUGGCCAGGACGUGGAGAGACCAAUAGCUGUUGUUACCAGUCAACCCAAAGUACAGUACCUAACUUCUCUGAAGAAUAUAAAUUCACAUAAAAAAAAAAAAAAAAAAUAGAAACCAGUUUUUGAUUCAUUACCUACCCACCCACGACUCCCCCCUCGUUUACCUCUACUCUUUCUCCUUCCAAGUCUCACAACACAAAAACUAAGUCCAAAUCUUUCAUUUGCUCAUUGCAUUAAUCAAAAGGGCUAAGGGAUUGAGUCAUUUCAGUACAAGUUGGGAUUUUCAAAGAAAAUGUCACUUACUGAUUCAAUGCAAAACAAACAGCCAGGUGUCAUCACCUGCAAAGCUGCUGUGGCAUGGGGACCAGGAGAACCAAUGGUGAUAGAAGAGGUGGAACUGAGUCCACCUCAGCCAAUGGAGAUUCGUGUUAAGGUUGUCUGUACGUCUCUCUGUCGUAGCGAUGUCACUGCUUGGUCGUCACAGGCUCAGGCUUCUAUAUAUCCACGGAUAUUUGGUCAUGAAGCAUCAGGGAUUGUUGAGAGUGUUGGGCAAGGAGUGACUGAAUUUGUAGAAGGAGACCAUGUGCUUACCUUAUUUACUGGGGAAUGCAUGAGUUGCAGACACUGUACCUCAGGCAAAAGCAACAUUUGCCAAGUUCUUGGAUUGGAACGAAAAGGUGUUAUGCAUAGUGAUCAGAAGACGCGGUUCUAUAUUAAAGGGAAGCCGAUUUAUCAUUAUUGUGCAGUUUCAAGUUUUAGUGAAUAUGCAGUUGUACACUCUGGUUGCGCGGUCAAGGUUAGUCCAACUGCACCUUUGGAUAAAAUCUGCCUCCUCAGUUGUGGAGCGGCAGCAGGUCUAGGUGCUGCUUGGAAGGUUGCAAAUAUCUCUGAAGGAUCAAAAGUGGUCAUUUUUGGUCUGGGGACUGUAGGCCUUUGUGUUGCACAAGGUGCUAAAAUGCGGGGAGCAUCUCAAAUUAUUGGUGUUGAUACGAUGCAAGAUAAAUAUGAAAAAGCAAAGGCUUUUGGAGUGACGGACUUUUUGAACCCAAAUGAUACUGAUGAACCCAUUCCACAGGUUAUAAAACGCAUAACUGAUGGAGGUGCAGACUAUUCAUUUGAAUGCAUAGGAGAUGCAGGAAUGAUUACCACUGCAUUACAAUCUUGUUCUGAUGGAUGGGGCUUGACUGUCACCCUUGGAGUGCCCAAACUGAAGCCGGAGGUAACAGCUCAUUAUGGACUUCUUCUUACCGGUAGAACAUUGACAGGAUCCUUAUUUGGAGGAUGGAAACCUAAGUCUGAAAUUCCUUCAUUAGUUGAUAUGUACCUAAAGAAGGAAAUCGAGAUAGAUGACUUGAUCACACAUAAUCUGCCCUUUGAGGACAUAAACACGGCUUUUGAUCUGAUGAAAAAUGGGACUUGUUUGCGCUGCGUCAUACACAUGCCUAAGUAGAAAGUUUUCCAAUGGUUGGCAACUAGUUGAAAUUAUUUCACGCUUUCUAUUACCGCGACGUGGAAACAGCCAAUCACAGUGAACUGCCAAAAAAAUUGAUGUUGUAGUGUAGUGUAUGAACUCACUUGCUAUCUUCUGUUAUUUUGAGAGAACAAUUUGAACUUUUGUUCAUAGAAGUGGUGUUUGCUAUUGAUAAUUUUUUUUUCA